CUGAUAUUUUUACAUGUGAUUAUGGCUGUAGUUUCGGAUCUAACAACAAUUGGAAUCCAAUGCUAUUAGGAAAAGAAUUGGGAUUCUGCUUCUUGCAAGAAAUGGUUGGUAAAGAAUUCAAUUUUGUCUUUUUGUGAUUAUUGGUUUCCCGAUUUGAACCAAAUUGUCAAAUACUGUAUUAUUUUAUUCCAUUUUUAUCAGUUUUUUUAUAUAUAUCUCUCUCAUUGCUUACGCCUGGAUCUAGACUAAGCAGGGCCAAUUGUCUCUGACACAAAGGAACUCCCUUUAAAAAAACAAAUAAAAGGAGAAGAUUUGCUGCAAGAUUCAAAUAUCUGACAUGCUCCCAACAAGUGAGGGGUGUUAGAAUCUUGUCAAAAGAAACAAACGAAAUACCAGAAAAGAUUCUGAAUUUUCUGAUACUCGUUUCGAUGAAUACUAUAAUAGUAUGAUGUGAAUGACAAAGUGGGUUUUCUUUAGUUUUCUCAAAAAAGAGUUUGUUGUGAGAAAAGAAUGGAAGAUCUUCAAAAAAUGUUAUAUGGGUGGAGCUGGGAAGAGAACAAGCUAUUUGAGCUAGCUUUAGCAGUGGUUGACGAACAAGACCCUGAUAGAUGGGAAGCGGUUGCAUCAAUGAUUGGAGGAAAGAAAAGUGCAGAAGAUGUGCAAAAACAUUAUGUUAUUCUUCUGAAGGAUUUGCAGUGUAUAGAGUCUGGUGAAUUUGAUCAUACCCUUGUUGGAGAAAAUCAGGCUUUUGUUCAAGUUGACUUUACUCGAUCUGUUUUUUGGACAGAAGACGACCACAAAUUACUGGUGCAAUUGGAAAUAAAUUGAUUGGUAAGGCUAAUGGAAAAUUGGCAGUUCAUCAGAAAGCAGAGACGUUCCAGUCCGAGGUUUGCCUGGAAAGAACGGAAGGCAUCCACAUAAAUUGAUGAUGAUGGGAUUAUUGUUUUUAUUAUUAGUUUUGUCUAUAAAGCAGCGCCAGUCACCAGUUAUCAGAAUAUCCCAACCUAUACGUAACAGAUGGACUUGGAAAACUCUUUUAUUUUGGUUGUCGUUUUAUUAUUUUUGAGAACUUUGAAUUGUAACAGAGCAUCAAUUUGUCAAUGGCUCCAUCUGUUCCUUGUUUUAGAUUUUUUUUUUUUUUUUCUUUUGGGUGUUAUAACAGACGUGUAUUUUCGUCUGAUGUCCGGUGAGAUUAGAUCAUUGUAUACAUUUAGUGAGCCUCCACAUCAACUCUUUCAAAUUAAUAUAA